AUGCCUAAAACAAGUAAUGAAAUCAAGGAAUUGGUCAGGAAGGCUCAUUUCAACGGAGAUAGUUCGGAAGAGAUUGCAGAACGAUAUGAUGUUAAAUUAACAACUGUGCGUAAGAUUAUUGGACACAUUGGCGUACCUAGAGUUGGAUAUCGUGGUGUCUUAAAGCAAUCACAACGACCAAAGAAGAUCAGUCCAGAAAUGGUUGCUGCAAUUAAACAAUGGCUCGAUGAAGAUUGUUCAAUUACUCUCGAGGAUAUAGUUGCUAAAAUUGGCAAUCAAUAUAAUGUCAGUGUUCAUCGAGAUACAGUCAAGAGAUACGUCGAUGGAUUUUAUUAUUCUUUCAAUCGUGUGCCCAUUGUACCAAGGAAUGCACCUGAGGACAUAGAAACGCGAUUACAAUAUGCUAAGAUGUUUGAGAAAAUGGAAGAAUAUUCGGAAAAAAUCAUUUUUAUUGACGAGACUCAUGUCCAGGUGUUUACUCGGCUCAAUAACCCCCCGUCACUUGACUUACGUAAAUCUGUGACUAAACGAUCUAAACACUUUUCAAUUUGCGCUGCAAUGGGCAUCAAAUCAUUAAUUUUUUACGGAAUCAAAGAUGUCGACACUUCAACCUCCAAUAUCACACAUCAUGCAAAAGAUUUCAUUGACCAUCUAGCUUCAAAUUCAAUAACCAAUGCAUGGAUACUCAUGGGUAAAGCUGGUGUGGAGCAAAUGGAAGAAGUUAAAAAGAUUUUCUCAGAGACAGAUCAUGAACUCCUUUUUAUUCCUCCUUGUGCACCAUAUUUGAAUCCUAUUGAGAGUUUAUUCCGUCAACUCAAAGAGUAUGUAAAAUUGUUCUUGCCAUUCGAUGCUGAUCGUGUCUUCAAUUCAGUCAAACGUAUUCCUGAGCUUGUAGAUGAAAACGAAUGUCAAAAGUAUUAUCAAAAUAUGAAAACCUACAUUCAAAGAUGCUUGGCGGAAGAAAUUAUUACAGAGUAA